AUGCCUAAUCUGCAAGAACUUCCAGAUGAGCUUGUCAGGCAUAUUCUGUCCUCCUCUAUCCCCGGUCGGGCCCCCCAAUGGGAGUUUCAAAGAGGUUCCGUGAUAUCGCCCAAUCUCUGCUCUGUUUUGAAUUCGUCGAUGACGGCAUACUUGGCAAUGUCCAGGACACGGUCCGCUUUGCAAGGACCCUCUAUACUCAUCCCUACCUCGGUCAAUUUGUUCACAAUAUUACCAUUGAGGGGGCCGUUAAUGUUCGACCAACCUGAAAAUGACGAUGAUGAUAUUGCCGACAUUGCCUCCAGCGACAUCGAGCUUUUUACGAAAGCAAUCAAAGACCUCAAGCUCGGCGAUAAAGAGGACGACUGGAUUUCUCAUAUGAGGAAAGGCGACCUCAGUGUAUUCGCUGCAUUGGUCAUCAACAUAACUCCCAAUCUUGAAGCCAUUUGUCUGGUAGGUAAGGCUGAAAAUAGUGGUUACGACAUUGCGUCCUACCACGAGCUUCUGUCUUUGCCUAGCCUAAAACUUUCCAUUGUAGAGUACGGUGAUCUCCAAAGCACAACAUUUCCAUCCACAUGGGAAUCAGGAACACUGCAUAUGGAAGAGCUAGUUUUCCGGGGUUGCGGUAUCGAUGCUGCGUUCUUGAAGAAACUCACACACGCAUGCAAGAAACUGAGGGCAUUUGCGUUUGAUAACUUUGAUGAUAACCCUCGGACAACGUGA